UGCAUGGACAGUCUACUAGUACUAUUACAGUACUACUAGUAGUCACAGACGAUCAGUAGAUCUACAGCGUGCAUACAGCAUCAGGUCCGUCGGUCAGAACGGUAGCACAGACAGUCUGUGUAUCUUGCAUACAGCAUGAGGUCGGUCAGUCAGGACUGUUGCAAUAUACGCUAAUAUACGGCUGGGUUCAGUCGUCGAGUCCAGAAAGGGUCUCUCCAUACGCUGUCGAUAGCUGUGUAGAUUUACCAUGAACAAAAUUAAUCUCGAGGAAAUGCAAAGAGGCCACAUCAAUCGUUGAGUUGACGCACUUCGCUUUGGCGACGACUGCCACGAGCAACUGUAUUCACACUGCGGAACGGAAAGCCGGAACUCAAUUUUUAAAACUGCACAUUGUCUGACAGUUUCUCGAGAUCUGUUCUUGCUGGUCUACUAUCAACACUGAGAUAAACUCGAGGAGCUGCCGCUAAAGGCGUACCUUAUGUAGCCAUUUCGAAUCUUUCCAAGAAAUACAUGUAGCAUAGUACCAGGGUCGGCUACAGCAGUCGAAAGAUAGGUAGAGUCUACGCUUCCUGAACACUAAAAGCGGAGUCGAUCUGCCUUUGCUGCCUUUGCUGCCAAUGCUGGGUGCCGCGAGAUGGAACGGGACACAUACAUGUACCUGAGGCUAACAGCCAUGGUUGUCCUGUGCGUCGCCACGCUCCCGCACGACAGUCACUGCCAGGACGAGCCGGAACUGAAGCUGCCCGAUCCUUUCGAUGCUGACAGUGGGCAGGAAGAAGAAGAGCAUGGAGCUUCGACCCAUGACGAUGAUGGAUUGACUACGUCAAAUGUCACUAAAAAUGGUACUACCAGUACCUGUGCCUCGAGCCCGUGUCAGAAUGGUGGGACAUGCAGUACUGGUAUGGACGGGUUGUCGACAUGCGACUGCACCUCUAACUAUAUCGGAAAGUUUUGCCAAAACAUAAACAAAUGUGUCGUGCCUCACGCCAGAUGUACCAGCCUGGGACCGCACAGCAUGUGCACGAAUGAGCGAAACAACCAAACGGGCGAGGAAUUCACUUGCGGAUGUUUGCCAGGUUACAGUAGGUCUGACGACAGCGCCACCGUAUCCGGACAUGCCACUACAGAAUACUGUGGGAAUGUGAACGAAUGUCACGAAACGGGAUCCCUAGCGGCACGGUGCGAUGCGAAUGCAGUGUGUCUGGACAGUCCGGGCGCAUACAGCUGCGUGUGUAAGAGCGGAUUCAGUGGAGACGGCAUCGUGUGCUCAGAUAUGGAUGAGUGUGAAAGGUACCCUCCGUACUGUGGUCCCUACGCUACAUGCCAGAACACUGAGGGCAGCUACGUGUGCCAUUGUUCGGCCGGGGCUGAAAUGCAGGACGGCGACUGCGGAGAUCGGAACGAAUGCGCCGUCAGACACCGUGGCCACUUCUGCGACAUCCAUGCCCGGUGUGUGGAUCUGGUAUUGAGCUACAGGUGCGAUGGCUGCUUGCCGGGAUUCAGCGGAAACGGGAGUGCCGGUUUCUGCCAGAAGAUCGCGGAAUGUGCUACGGAGGAGCUGGCUGACUGCACCGUGGCACAGGGCGGACUGUGCUUCGACACUGAGGGCAGUCACGGAUGCCACUGUCUGCCUGGUUUCCAGAAUGACGGCCCUAACCGAUGCAUGGACGAGGACGAAUGUGAACAAACGUAUCCGUCGGCGUGUUCCUCGCACGAACAGUGCGUGAACACGAUCGGGACUUUCCAAUGCGAAUGCAAACCUGGAUAUGCCGGGGCAAGGUGCAACCGAGCGUGCCCAAUCGGGUACACAAUGACGGCUAAUGACACGUGUGCGGACAGAGACGAAUGUGACCUGGGGAAGCCGUGCGGUUCUCAUGCAACAUGCCUGAACACCAGAGGAAGUUACGUAUGCCAGUGCGCUCCAGGAACACAUGGUUAUUCAAGAUAUGGCUGCAUAGACAUUGACGAAUGUAGCCCAGAGAAUCGUGACAGAUACUGCGAUACACACAGCCUAUGCGCAAACACGUUUCCAGGUUAUCGGUGCACGUGUGCGUUCAAAUACACCGGAGACGGUUCUCCGGGCAACUGCCAGAGUGAGUGCUUGGAAAGCGUGCAAGAUUGCUCAACGGCGGACAACAAUACCUGCGUCAACAUUCCGCACGUCGGCGUGACAACGUGCCGGGCACUGAAUGCUUGCGAGAGCUACUGCAACGCCAGCGGGUUUCAUGCGUGCCGAAACAUUUUCGGCCCAGACACGUUCUACUGCGCUUGCCGGCCCGGAUACUGGAGACCAGACGAUGUGUGUAUCGAUAUUGACGAGUGUAUACACUAUCAUACGCAGUGCCAUCGCCAUUCUCACUGUGUGAACACCAUCGGCAGCUUUGAGUGUGCGUGUAAUGAAGGAUACCAGCAAUUGCCAUGGUCCAGUAGCAUUGCCUGUACAGAUACAAAUGAAUGCAAUGAUCCGGAGUGGAACGAUUGCACCAACCCAGGCCAGGGUUGUCACAACACGCCCGGCUCCUACUACUGCGCUUGCAGGUCUGGUUACCAUAGAAACGUCACCACGGCGACAUGUGACGACACAGACGAAUGCGUGGAGUACGGGAAGUGUCGGCCGUUUGGCACGUGCCUCAAUCACCCUGGUUACUAUGAAUGUGCGUGCCCGGACGGUACCGUUCCGCCGGAUUGCACCGACCGUGAUGAGUGCUCCGGGAGACAUCGCGUCAAUCGGAUGUUCUGCGACGAACACGCCGUCUGCACCAACACGCCGCUGAGCUACGAGUGCCACGGCUGCCUCACUGGAUACACGGGUGACGGAACAGUGGGCAAUUGCAGCGACAUUGAUGAAUGUGUUCUGAGAUCGGAUCAGGGGCGGCUGCCUUGCAAUGCAAAUGGUCACUGUACCAACACGCAGGGAAGUUAUCGCUGCUAUUGUGAUCCGGGUUUCGAGCUGGACGGCGAUCAGUGUGUAGAUAAGAAUGAAUGCAUAUUCAAUUGCUGGCGGCACGCGAACUGUACGAACACAUUUGGAUCAUAUACUUGCGAGUGCCAGCCCGGCGCAGAACUGUCGGAUGGGCUCCCCUAUGGCUACUGUUCUUUUAUUGACCAGUGCAAGGUUAAUAAUUCCGAUGCGGUCAGCAACUGCUCGUCUCAGGGAAAGGUCUGCUGGGGAACUGGACUGAAUAGCUACGAGUGUCACUGUGAGCUCGGGUACAAGCCACAAGGCUCUGGCUGUGUAGACAUCAAUGAAUGUACUGAGCAAGGAGCGUGCACGCCAUACGGUACAUGCAUCAAUACGCCCGGCACGUAUAGUUGCGAUUGUGUUGCGGGAACCCGGGAAUUUCACUGGGUGGCAAGGUGCGUUCAACGUGAUGAAUGCUCUAAGAGAUUUGUCCCAGGAACGUAUUGUGAUGUGCACGGGGUAUGCGUCGAUCAUUUGCUGAGCUAUCGGUGCAACGGCUGCCAGAGUGGCUUCACUGGGUCUGGAUUGCCCGGCGAUUGCUUUGAUAUAGAUGAAUGUGCACUGGGAUUUCACAACUGUGACUUUAAUAACACCGGCACCUGUGUCAACACACUGGGUGAUUAUUACUGCGAGUGCAAUACUGGUUUUAUGCAAAGUCAAGACUACAGCCUGCACAGCAGAACUUGCGUCGACUGGGACGAAUGUGACGCUUACCAGUGCAGUGGCCUGGCAAGCUGUACCAAUACGUAUGGGUCGUUUCACUGCGGCAGCUGUCGUCAUGGAUACACGGGAAAUGGGCACAAUUGCACGGACAUUGACGAAUGCCGGGACAGCGCGAUGAAUAACUGCAGCAGUGGCCAUGGCGUCGGCGAAAAUGUGAUGUGCUUCAACAUAGCGGGUGGCUUUGAGUGCAGAUGUGCUAGCGGAUACUGGUUGAAUCCCAACAAAAGUUCCUGCGUUGAUAUUGAUGAGUGCUCCGCGGAGACGGCGUGUGAACCGUAUGGCUCCUGCACCAAUACCAUUGGCAGUUAUAGGUGUGACUGCCUUGACGGGGCCGUCCAGUCCGGCUACCAAUGCGUCGACCGGGACGAAUGCGCGGAAGAAGCACGGUUUUGUGACGAGAAAGCCGGGUGUGUGAAUUUCUUCCCCGGAUACACGUGCGACGGUUGCUGGACGGGCCACAACGGCUCCGGGCGGCCGGGGAAGUGCCAGGAAAUUGACUUCUGUGAAAGCCGGAUCCCGGCAUGCUCCACCGUGAACGGAUACUGUUUGAAUUAUCCCGCCUACGCACGAUCCGUUUGCCGCUGCAACGAAGGCUUCAGCUGGAACGGGACACUGUGCUUUGAUCGUGAUGAGUGUUUGCCAUACUAUGACCAUAUUUUUCGGUGCCAGAAUCAUUCGACAUGCCGUAAUACCCCGGGAUCGUACGAAUGCAUCUGCAGCGCCGGUUUUACGGGCAAUGGAGCAGUCUGUUCUGACAUAGACGAGUGUGACAAUGUUUUGGUGCUAGAUGCUUGCCGUCGGAAAGGCCUGGAUUGCGUCAACACAGUUGGGGCUUACCAAUGCGGUUGCCGCACCGGCUUUAACCUGACCCACUCGCCACAGGAGGACGGGCAUGUGAGAUGUUCGGAUAUCGAUGAAUGCAUUACGUACAGUGCCUGUCAGCCGCACGGGGCCUGCGCGAACACUGCAGGUUCAUUUGUAUGCCAGUGCCAGCCGGGUUUUCAGCUUAAUGACUACUCUUGCAGAGAUCGAAACGAGUGCGUGGACGGUAGUCACGACUGUACUGGUAAGCGGGGAGUGUGUGUGAAUACGAACGGCUCAUACGCGUGCCAGUGUCACCCGGUGUAUCGGUCCACUGCUGACGGUGGUGACUGCGUGCUGCGCGAUUGCCGCGUCACCCGGUCUGCGUGCGGGCCGCACCGCGUGUGCCAGAUGCAGGAGAACGGAACGUAUGCGUGUGAUUGCGCGCAGGGGACACGCCGAUCAGGUGACCUGUGCAUUGAUGUGGAUGAAUGUCGGCAGUCGCCAUGCCGACAAAACGCAUACUGCGUAAACACCAGUCCGGGUUAUCUCUGCCGGUGUGCUCAUGGCUACCAAGGGUCGUAUAAUACCCGCCAAUACACAGACCGUCGCUUGCAAUGCGUUGACACGAAUGAGUGUACUAUCUUGUACCCUGCCUGUGACUUCCCAAGACCGACCUGCCGGAACCUUCCAGGAACGUACACUUGUGAUUGCAGACCGGGGUAUUCAAAAUUGGGCGCAACAUCCUGCCAAGAUAUAGAUGAAUGUUCGGACAGAAGCCACGACUGCGGCAGACGAGAAGGGUAUGAGAAGACCUGUUCCAACACUCAAGGGAGCUAUGUAUGCGUGUGUCCAGCGGGCCUCAAGACCGGUUUUGAGUCAUCUGAGUGCGAAGACAUUGAUGAAUGUCAAUGGGAUAUACAAAUAUGCGACUUUGAGAGCUCACGUUGCAUCAACACUUGGGGUAGCUUCGAAUGUCAGUGUCGAGAGGGAUACCGCCGCACGGAUACAUUGAACAUUUACGGAUGCAGCCGUGACCCUUGUCAGCCUCUCUGGUACCAGGAUGAUCUGUGUAACUAUCAUGAUCCUGAUGAGUACAUAGCCAUCACAUCUUCACCACCACUAUCAGCUGGUCAAAAGCAGGGGAGCACAGAAACUCUGACAACUGGAAUACUUGUAGUAAUCGGCCUCACAGGAGCAAUCGUGGUUAUCACUGCCUGCGUGGUGGCCAUCUAUUUGUUCUGGACAAGAGUGUGGAAGCGGAAGCAGCUCAUGCAGACAAUGGUCAACCAAUCGGCAGUAUCGGGUCAGUGGCCUACUACUACACAGCAACCUCCUGCAUAUCAAAGACUAGCAGAGCCGUCCACAUUCUACUCCAACGACAUCCCUGCGUACGAUCCGCCUCACCACACCACAUCAUUCAAUGGCCAAUUGUAUGAAGAUAUUCCGCAGACGGCCGAGGACGUCCCAGACUUUCAGGAGACAUAACGGCCGCAAAUCUGGAGCCUUGCUUUAACAGAAACCCUGCCGCCUUGCUGGACGCAUUGUCCUCGCUGGACUUGGCACUGACGAUAUUGUACUCAAGUACAUGAAGUCGUUGUUAAUUACAAAACUGCAGUUUGACCAUUUCUUUGCCGUUUAGCCAUUCUGCUGUCCAAAGUAUAGCGGCAUUUUUGUUGUUGCUCUGGAUACAGCAAGAUGCACACCAACAACUAUGGCUAUGCCAUUACCUUAACGUGCUUUUUUUUCUUUUCUCUGUAUGCGCAGCCUCCGCUAUAACCAUCCUUUAUAACCACACAUCCUCCCAACACUCUCCAAGCGGUCUCUAGGCUACACCAACCGCUUCUGCUUAUUUCUAGAUAGAGCGGAGUGCCAGCAGCAGCUUUGGGCACACGUGUUUACGCCUGAGCGCUGCCGGAGCCCACUCAUGCUUCGCCUGCAUGUUUGUUGAUUUUUUGGAUCAGAAUUGGAUAGGUUCAAUCACGAAUAAUCAUGUAGCUCGUCCGUUACAAGCACAUAGCAUUGCUGUGCCAUCAAAUCACUCUAUCUGUCCUUGUACUAAUGGCUGCUCCACUCAAUGCAGAACUCCGCUUGCUCCUUUGCACCAUGAACAUGCAUUCUGAGAGGUGUAGUACAUGUAA